UCGCGACAUUUUUAUUCUUUGGAGCUUCGAGGCUUCGCGUGGAGGAGAUAUCCGGGAAUGAAUCACAGCGUCAUGACGGGCAUCGCGCUUUUGAGCUUCUUCUUGUCUUUCCUUCCACUUCAGUCAUCUGCAAUGACUUCAAAGAUUGCAGCGUUUCGCGAGACCGUAAGUAUGCUGGAAGCUCAAAUCAGAAACGAGAGAAGAGAGAGGACAGGGGGAACUGAUGUCACAGAAGCAGCCAAUGAGCACAUCGUCUUUGAUUAUGACAGCACUGAAAGAUGUUACCUGGACAGACCACGAUUACAUUUCGCUGGGAGGUUCCGAGCUAAUGUUGCAACCAUCAACAAUAAUUACGACAAUUUUUCACCAGACUUUCAGCCAGUGAAUGAAGUAAUCAAUGAUGAUGAAACGGCUGGCUAUGGUGGAUGGAAUCCGGGUGGAACAAACGAAUUCCUCUUCCACGACGUCACAGUAACAACGAUGUGUCCCAAACAAGGAGAUUGCAUCAAGCCGGACUUGAUGGAACUUCAAUAUAACCCAAUGAUGAUUACAACUGAUUCUGGGGAGGGUAGCACACAAAUAACUGAUAUUGAUGUAGAAUGGCAACUAUCAUCCAUAUUGUAUGGAAUGAAAGUUGCCAUCAAUCCAAAAAAAUCUGCAAUGUCUACGAGCGCAUGGCAUGGUCUUGAUGCCAUAGUCAGUGGCAGUUUUUAUCCUGUUGGCACAACAGGUUAUUGGGAUUCCACAACAGGCACAGAGUGGAUGUCACGGUCUUCAGCUAGGUACCAGUCUGUACUGGAAAACCUAGAGUGGAAUGACGAGUUACUUAACAGCGUUGACCGUAAUACACACCAAUAUAAAUAUUCUCUGUUGAGGGAAUUGAGGGAAGCAUCGCCACAUCGUCUGUCCAUGUCAUUUGUCGUGUAUGGAUAUUCUUUCUUGCCUGGAACUCCUGAUGCUACGUAUGGUUACGUGGUUGGAACGAUUGGACCUUCUACUGGUAGCAGAAAUCUGAACUACAUUCGUGGGCGACUCCUUGGCAGUGUACAUGCUCAAAUGCCAUCGGCUGUAACACUUAACAGAGCUCAGUUUAUUCUCAGAGAGCAAACAAAAACUCUAACAUUUGACUUUAGCAAUUCUCUUCCCAAAGUGUACGAUAAUGUAACUAGUCAGUAUCUCAUCAAUACAAAAUCAAUUGGUUAUCAAUUAUGUAUCACAAGUCAUCAUAGAGAGAUUGCAAGAGUUAACCUGAGCAACGAGUGGUAUAACGAUGAAGCUGGAAUUCAAGAAGUUUUCUUGACUGACAUCAUGUUGGCUAACGUUAAAGUUGAUCUGCUACAGAUUGUCAGCUGUAGCAAUGUUCGUCAUGUGUAUCUUAAUGAGUCUCUGCAAUACGUGAGACCUCAGUCUGAUUCUUUGAUUUUCAUGGAUCCUGGUGAUACUGUCAAUCUCAAUGUGUUUGUGAAUCAGUUUGGAAAACCAGUGAAGAACAAGAAGCUGACGUUGGUUGUGCACAUUCAUCAUCCAUGUCAUGACCUAUACGGUCACACACGACUGCAUUGCAAUAAGACAACAAACAAUCAAUUGAAACGAGCACUCGGCGAGCUGCAGGUAAAUGGACACACCCAGACAACUGUGACAACCAAUUCGUCCGGACAAGCCACUAUACAAUUGUCUGCAGGUGAUCCUGGUAACGUUCGCAGAAUUGUUGAUGGCCUUGUUUAUUUGAUCAGCUACAUGCCGGUUGGAUCCGAAGGUCCUGUGACCUAUCAGGAUACAUUUAUUGCCAUACGUCUGUUUGACCUGUUUACCCCACAGGGUGAGCCAACGUGGUAUGGCACAAAUGGUGUUCAUACCAUCCUAAAGCAAUACGACAAUCUCUAUCCUGCAAUGAGACGCGUUCUCAACAUCGGUGAUUACCACACAGUGGUCGGCAUCCAACGAAAUAUUGACUACCUCAAAUGUACACUGAGUGUUCCAAGAACAGAUCCAAAACACAUGCCAGGAACACGAGACUUGUCACGGAAUAAGAGAGACAUGAUACUCAAGUGGCUCCAUCAAUCGUAUCCUCCCAAGAAAGGGGAGAGGAUGCCAAUGACAAUAACAGAAUUGAGGGAGCAAUUGCAACUAGCAAUACAGCUGGAAUUUUACACAAUCCCGAUCUACCUCUACGCUUUCUGCUCACUGAAAGAAGACUUCAAUCAAGAGAUUAGAAGUAUCAUUCAGAGUGUUGUCACUGAGGAAAUGAUGCAUUUCAGUUUGGCUGCAAACGUUCUAAAUGCAGUCGGUGGACAUCCGUUAAUUGACAGGCCAGAGAGGAUGCCUGUGUAUCCCAGCAGACUGCCAGGGGGAAUACAGCCAGACCUUACAAUGAGAAUUGCUCCAUUCAGCAUUGACUUGGUUAGGAAUGUAUUUAUGGCUAUUGAAACACCUCACUCACUCACAGAUCCGGCAACUAGAGAACGAUAUAAUGACACAAUUGGGGGAUUCUAUCAUCAAAUUUCUGAGAAUUUAGUGCAUCUAGAGAAGGAACAACAACUGAAGAACAAAACCAUUUUCACUGGUGAUCCUGCUUUGCAAGUAGAGUACAGUCUUCCUGGGCAUAUUACCGUUUUCAAGGUAAACAACAUGGCUCAAGCUUUGGAGGCUAUUCGGGUGAUUGUGACUGAGGGAGAAGGUUCUUCUCAAACUAACCCAACUGAUAAUUAUCACGACUUGGCUCACUAUUAUCGGUUUGCAGAGAUAGUGCAUGGUCGUGAACUGAUUAAGACCUCAAAAAACAGUUGGGACUAUACAGGAUAUCCAAUUGUCUUUGAUCCCAAUGGAGUAUGGCCAUUGCCUCACAACCCUUCAUUAUCUGAUUACCCAGUUGGAUCACAGGCCAGAUUCCUCGCAGAGGACUUUGUUCGAUUGUAUUGGAAACUUAUGUAUGAACUUCAGCUGACAUUCAGUGGCCAACCUGAAAAGAUAGACGGUACAGUUUCAGCCAUGUUUCUUCUUCGUCUCAAAGCUCAAGAACUAGUGAAAGUGCAAGUGAACAAAGGAGAUCCCAGUCUCCACGCUGGACCACUGUUUGAGAAUCCACUACGUUUCAAAGUAAACAACUCUUGAUCUUGCCUAGCUGUGCAAGUCUGAUCAUACUUAGUGCACAUUAAAUAUACACAUAUUUCUACAGUUGUUGUGAAGAUGUAAAAACAGUAUGGUGUUGCUAUUGUGCUAGUGUCUACUUGCCCCUUAGUGUUAGAUAUUUUUAAUAAGCAGACAAAUGCUGCAUUUUGGAAACUCGGAAGUACAACUGCUAGAGGAUCGUGUAAUGGAAAUUUAGUCACUCGAUGAAA